GGCCAGUUUAAUAUUGCUCAGUAUCAUUCCGGGAGCUCGGGAUUGAAGUCGUGUCUUUACAAUAGACCAUUCAUAUCACGGAGCUGACCGGACACGCAGGCUGUCGAGCAUGGAGGAUCUGCUGGAGGACAUCGGUGAUCGUAACGACAACGAGGAUCGUGCCGCCGACCAGGAUCGUGCCGCCGUCGAGGAAAAUGCCGCCAUCGCGAUGCGUGCCGCCGUCGAGGAUCGUGCCACCGAGGUGGCGCCCGAUCCCACCGACGCUCAUGCCGUCGAGGUCCGAGCCGUUACCGCCAUGGCCCACGCCGCUCUCGCCGAGCUCCGAGCCGCUGCCGCCCAGACCGUUGCCGUUGCAGUUGAUGACGAGGCCCGAGCCCGAGCCCUUCUCGCCGAGCAGCGAGCCACGGCCGUCGGGAUGAUCGUCGCCGCCAUCGUGGACCAAGCCGCUGCCGACGAACUACAAGCAAUAUCCGCGGGAAGAGCAGCAUCCACGGAAAGAGCAGCAUCCACGGAAAGAGCAGCAUCCACGGAAAGAGAAGCCAGAACUCCUCGGCGCUAGAAAAUAUGUCGUAUUCAGAUAAGUCAUACUUGUAAUUGUCGGAAAUAAUGUUGACGAAAUAUAUUUGAUGUAGUAAAAACAAAAUUAUUAAAAUUGUUAUUAGUAAAUAAAUGAG